CAGACACAAAGUAAUUUGGGGGGGUUAAAAGGAAGGAUGCUAGCAAGUGGGAGGCUGAAGGAGGUCAGGGAAAGUGAACAGCCAGCUUCUGCUCCAAGACCCACAGUAUGGGGGUGGGAGGGAAGCCAUCACCGGCUCUCUCCUUGGCUCCUUUCCUCUUUCUCUUUUACUCUCUCCUUCCUUUCUGUUUCCCCCUCUUUCUAUUAACUGGACUGCUUUGUUUUCCCCCUUGUUCACAGACCCCGGCACGAUGGCUUGCACGGAAUAGGCGCUUAGGCAAAGACAGCUCAAACGCUUUCAGUUCUUUGGGGCGUUGGGAAAGCUUCUUCUUCAGGUAGAGUUCAGUGGGAUUCGGUGGCUUCCGGGCUUCCUUUUAGCUCUCAGCUGGUCACAAUCAUUUUCCUGCUGGAAGCUGGAGAAGCUCCCCGAGCCCUUGACUCGGAGUCUGCAGAGGCUCUGUGAGUUAGGCUGCCACCUGGGCUCACCAUCUGGGCAAAUCCAGUGAGUCACUUCCCAUCUGUAAAGUGGGCAUAAUACUGGUACUCUACAGGUGGCUGUGAUGAAAGUGCGGCUCCAUCCGCAGAGCUGGGACCAGGGAUUUCAGGGACGUGGGGAAGAGUGGAGGAGGGGAGACUCCCUUCCCUCAGGCAAGCUGGCGCUUUCCCAGCAAUUCAAUCUGGAAAAAGUUGCCUCAAACAGGAAGCACUGGCAGGGGUUAAGAGAGGCUUUCCUAAGGUCACAUGGCCGGGAUGUGUCCGAGGCAGAACUGGAAUCCCAGGCUUCCUCCCUCUGAGGACAGCUUCCUCUGCAUGGCUUCUCCGGCUAAGAAAGGGGGUGGUUAUAUUGUGAUGCUCUUGGUCUAGCUCAGUAAUUAUUAACUGGGAUGUCUGGCCUGGGGCUCGGUACUUCCAGGAGGCGGGAGUUCGAAUCCUUCCUCUGGCAGCUUUUCCGUCUCCUUCCUCAUGUAUCCCUGUAUAUGUAUGUGUAGGGAGGUGGGGCAGCCGGGUGUCCGCCUCCGGAGUCCGGAACACUCAGGAGUUCAAAUCUUGCCUCGGACACUUAACAGCUGCGUGACGCUGGGCAAGUCAUUUAACCCUUCACCUCAGCUUCGUGCUCUGCUAGGGAAGGGGUGGCAAGCGGCGCCGGUUCUCUGCAAGAAAACCCGCCGGGGACAUGAGAAGGGACUGGUUCCCCCCCACGAAUCUGGCUCCGGACGGGAGCGUGUAUGUGCACAAGUGCACGCACAUGUGGGUCUGGUUGGCGUCCAGCUCCGUGGGCGAGAGGAGUUCAUGCAGUGUACGGGUAAUGUGUAUAGGUGUUAUGUAAACACAAGGAACGCGCCUCUGCACCUCCGUGCACGCGCAAGCCCCCAUCUGCCGUAAUCGCUUUCCUCACGCCCUGGGCCGCGGCCGUACACCUGAGUUUAUGUGCAUCUUUAUUAUACCCGGAUACGCCCCGGUCAGUGUCAGGACAGCGCGACAACGCAUCCCCAUUUCGAGGCGGGCCCGCCCCCGCACGCCCCCGCGCGCCCCGGAGUCAGUCGGAAGGCCGCCAGUUCCCGCUCCGCCGUGCAGCUCCGCGCUCCCCUCUUCACGCAGGCGACUCAAUCCUUCCCCCGCCUCCCGAAGGCAGCUCAGCCCACGCCGAGUCGCGGCUCAAACCUCCUUCCAACCGCAGCCUCCGUCACGCUGACGUCAAUGGAGCCGGGCGCGUCCCCGGUGGGUGGAUGUGGGGGCCAGUCUUGAGUCUUCCCCCUCCCUUCUCUCCCUUCUUUUCUCCCCCCCCGCUCCCAAAUGGAUUGAUCCACUCCGCUCCCCUCUUCCUCGGGAACGCCGAAGGCUCUUGAAUGAAGCAAUCCGGGGAGCGGAAGUGGAAGGAACCAUCUGGCAGACCCCGGGGGAACCUCUCGUGUUCAUUGAAGGGCUCCGCGCCGGAGUGAACAUGGUGUUCCAUGUGCGUCUUAUGUAAAACGAGCGACAGGCAGCUCACCCAAUAGGCACGAGGAACUGGGCGGGGUCCCCGCCCCACUAUGCAGAUGAGCCGGGGCUGCCUCCAAUGUCUGGGCGCGGGGGGCGGGUCCGGCGCGUGCGGUCACGUUUUCCACUAUGUGACAGCCGCCCGGCCUCGUAGCGCUGGCGAGCGGCGGCCGCGUCGCGUCGUGUCCGUGUCCACCUCAGCUCAGCCUCCACCUCGAAGACAGCCGCUCGGGCCCCGGCCCCGCUCUUGCGCCGCCGAAUUUCCGCGCGUCGUCCCAGUGCUGCCGCCGCCGCCGCCGCCGCCCGGAGAGCCUCGGUGGAUCUGGAACAAUUUUAGCCUUUGGAACUUCAAAUACACAAUUGUACUGGUGACUUAUUAAGACAUUCCUUGUCCAUUUUCUCCAAAGUGCAGUCUUACUUCAAGAGGACACAAUGAAUGAGUGUUGUUCCAAACUGGCUUCUGACCAUCAUAACGGAACCGAAGGUCAGAACGUGGAUGCCCUCCAGGAAGACAUCGAGAUGAGCAGCGGAUCGAGUGGGAACGAAACAAAUGAGAAUGAUUUCAGUGGGCGCGAGUCUCCUGGCAACGACUCUGACGAAAACGGGAAGGAUUCUGCCAUGCUGGUGGAGUCCCCCGAGAGCCACAAGAGUUCGAAUGCUUUUAGGCUGAUGAUUGUAAAAUCUGCCCACAAUCCAUCCACCAGUGGGUGCAGCAGUGAACAGUCAGCCAAAGCCAAAACUCAGAAAGAGCUGAUCAAGACGCUAAAGGAACUGAAAGGUCAUCUGCCUCCUGACAGGAAGACCAAGGGCAAGUCCAGCACCUUGGCGACCUUGAAGUACGCCCUCAGGAGCAUCAAACAAAUCAAAGCUAACGAAGAGUAUUAUCAGCUCUUAAUGACCAGUGAGAACCAUUCAGCCGAUCUGGAUGUGCCUUCUUACACGGUCAAGGAGAUCGAGACUCUGACGUCAGAAUACAUCAUGAAGAACGUGGAUAUGUUUGCUAUGGCCAUCUCCUUGGUUACCGGAAAGAUCGCGUACGUCUCUGACCAGGCCGCGUCCAUUCUUCCCUGUAAGAAGGAUGCGUUUCGCGACGCCAAGUUUGUGGAAUUCCUGGCACCCCACGACGUGAGCGUGUUCCACAGCUCCACCGCUCCAUCCCGACUCCCAGCCUGGAGCGUCUGCCGCAGAGCCGAUUCUUCUAGCCAGGAUUACAUGGAGGAGAAGUCUUUCUUCUGCCGCAUCAGCGGCGGCAAAGAUCACGAAAAUGGAAUCCGCUAUCAUCCAUUCCGAAUGACUCCUUACCUUAUCAGAAUACAAGAGAAACACAAUGCAGAAACUCAGCCGUGCUGUAUUUUGCUCGCAGAGAAGGUGCACUCUGGCUACGAAGCGCCCAGGAUCCCGCCAGAUAAGAGAAUAUUUACGACAACACACACCCCAAAUUGUUUAUUUCAAGAUGUAGAUGAAAGAGCGGUUCCUCUCUUGGGCUAUCUACCUCAGGACCUGAUUGGUACUCCCAUUCUGGUGCACGUUCACCCACAGGACAGACCUCUCAUGCUGGCAAUUCACAAAAAAAUCCUACAGUAUGGCGGACAGCCUUUUGACUAUUCUCCGAUCAGAUUCUGCACUCGAAAUGGAGAGUAUAUAACGAUGGACACCAGCUGGUCCAGUUUUAUCAAUCCUUGGAACAGAAAAGUUUCCUUUAUAAUUGGAAGACAUAAAGUGAGGACGGGGCCUUUAAACGAAGAUGUCUUUGCUGCUCAAACGUGCACGGAAGAGAAAACUCCUCAUCCCAGUAUUCAGGAGAUCACUGAACAGAUAUACAGAUUGUUAUUGCAGCCCGUCCACCACAGCGGCUCCAGCGGCUAUGGCAGCCUGGGCAGCAACGGCUCCCAUGAGCACUUGAUGAGCCAGACAUCCUCCAGCGACAGCAACGGCCGUCGGCCCGAGGACUCGCGGAAGAGGAGGCCUAAUACCCGGAAAGGGAAUUGUAAAGAUGCCCAGAAGGUCGCAAGCAAAAGCACCAUUCUGUGCAAGAAUGAAGAAAUGAGGAAGCCAGCCACAGAGAGUCAAAAUAAUUCAAAUGCCCAAACAAAAGAUAUCUUGGCUACUGAGAAGGACAAUUUGGGCCCCGGCUUGCCAAGGAAUAUAAUUACAGAGGAGCUGGCCUGUAAGACUCAGUCUGUGUAUUCCUACCAGCAGAUAAGCUGCUUAGACAGUGUGAUUAGGUACUUGGAGAGCUGCAGUGUGGCCGGGCCACUGAAGCGCAAGUGCGAGACCUUGCCCUGUGUCCCAGCUUCGCCCUCAGAGGGUGAGCAGAACCUCUCCGUGGAGCCAGGGCAACCAGCAGCAGCAGAGGAGACGUCGAUGGUGAAAAUUUCCUUAAAUCCCGAUGUCACCGUCCUGAAAACAGCCAGCGCAGAUCACCACCCGGUUGUUGGCGCUCCCUUGGCCUCCUUGGCUCUCCCUGGCAAAGCCGAAAGUGUGGUCUCUUUCACCAGUCAGUGCAGUUACAGCAGCACCCUGGUCCACGUUGGGGACAAGAAGCUCCAACCGGAGUCAGAGAUGAUAGAGGACCCUUUGAGUGGGAUGGAGUCACUCGACAACGCCGCUGGCCCAGCUUCGACCUCUCACUGCAACUCCAGCCCGGACAAGGGGCUCCCCAAGAAGGUGGGCCUGACCAAGGAGGUGCUGGCGGCCCACACGCAGAAGGAAGAGCAGAGCUUCUUGCACAGGUUUAAGGAGACAACUAGACUCAGCACAUUCCAGUCUCGCUGCCAUUAUUAUCUGCAGGAGAGAUCCAAGGGGCGCCCCAUAGAACGUGUUGUUCCAGGAUUAAGAAAUAGUAUUUCUAUGAUGGAUUCAUCUUGGAAAAAAAGUGGAAAGAACAGAAAACAGAAGUCCAAGCGAAUUAAGCCCCACGAGUCAUCUGACAGCACGACUUCGGGCACACACAUCCCUCCUCGGUCGCCACUGAUCGGCCUGAAUUCGACGGCGUGGUCACCGUCAGACACUUCCCAGGCCAGUUGUCCACCAGCCUCGUUCCCUACCAUGGUGCCCGCAUAUCCUCUGCCUGUUUUUCCAUCGCCAGGAAUUGUCCCAACAGCCGGAAGCGUGUCAUCAGCUCCUCAGGCCUGCCAGGCUCAUUUGAAUGGUUCCGGGACCUCCCAGCAUUACAUUUCCUUGCAGCCCCCAGCAUUCACCACCCCCCUGACUCCAGUCAUGGCAGUUGUGUUACCCAACUACACGUUCCCUUCGAUGAACCCCAGUGUGCACGCUCCGUUCUACCCCGGCCCGAGCAGCUGUCCCCAGCAUCCCGAAUGCUCUUCCCAAAUGAUGUUGGCAGCCCAGCCCGAGUUCCCCAUUCAGGCAUCUUUCUCCUCCCAGACACUAUGUCCCACACAGUCAUUUGGUUACCAUCCAGCUGAAAGGGAAAGGCCUCCUGCCCCCGGGGCCCCCGAGGGGCCGUCUCGAUCUGCAACGCCCCAGUCCUUGGGAAGACAAGAUCAAGUAUCACCACCCUUGUUCCAGUCCCGAUGCAGCUCCCCCUUACAGCUAAAUCUGCUUCAAUUAGAAGAAAUACCCAAAGUUGCCGAAAGCUCGGUGGCGGCCAUUUCUGGAUCAUUGGGAGGACAUGGUCUAUUGAGUGAGGGAACAAAUAAUAAAAUGGCCGAGUUCAAUGAUGGCAAAGGACCAGGGCCUCACCGAGUGGACUCGCCAAUGGAUGCACACAACAGCGACGCCCUCUCUCUAUCCAGUGACUUACUAGAGAUUUUGCUGGCAGAAGAUGGCUGCUCUGCCACCGGGUCGGCUUCCUCUGGGAGCGGUGUGUCGGCCGCCUCCGAGUCUCUGGGCUCUGGAUCCCUUGGCUGCGGCACCUCUAGAACGGGGACAGGCAGCAGUGAGACAAGCCACACGAGCAAAUACUUUGGAAGCAUCGACUCCUCGGAGAACAGCCAUCGGGCCAAACUCAACCCCGAACUCCCAGACAGUGAGCACUUCCUUAAGUGCAUCUUCCAGGACCCCAUCUGGAUGCUGACGGCAAACACCGAGGAUGACAUCAUGAUGACCUACCAGCUUCCUUCCCGAAAUCUAGAAACUGUUUUGAAGGAAGAUCGAGAAAAGUUGAAGGUGAUGCAGAAAUUCCAGCCCAAGUUUGCCGACGAGCAGAAGCGAGAGUUGCAUGAAGUCCACACGUGGAUGCCCAGGGGAGGGCUGCCCAGAGCGCUGGACUUGGCUGCGUGCCCCGACUGCGAGGACAGCCAGAGAGAGCGUGUGGAUGAGCCGUAUGACGAGGAUAUUCCAGCGAUGGAGCUCAGCGAAACCCCGGAAGCUCCGGACGAGAAGAGCGCCGCGCCCGCACCCCACGGCCCCCAAGAGGAGACCUAGCCCGGCACCCCCCUCCCAGGCACCUGCCGCCCCGUGCGCUGCAGAGGCUGGGCUCGAGAGAGCGUUAAGACAGCUUGAAACUUGGUUCUAGUGAAAUAACUUAUUCGUGUCAACUUUUUUGUUUUAGAAAAAAGGUCACUUGUCUGAAGGAAUCCAUGUAAAACUGAUGUCUCCAGGGCCCGGGAAGGGGCUCCAGGUUUUCCAUCUGUAAUUCAGCAGAUUUUGUACAAUAACUCUGCGGAGUGGAUAGCGUCGCUUCCGUGGGCUCGUUUCUCACCCUGUCUCUUGCCGGUUGAAUGUGUCACCCUGUGUGCGGGGAGAGCUUCCGGGGACUCCCCUCUCUCCCCGCUUUGAUGAUUCGGCAUCUCCGAGGACAUGCCGAAGACUCAGCGGGAGGUCGUUUAAAGCUUGCUGUGUGAGAAUUUGUGAGUUUGUAUUAAUAUCUGAGAAAAUCGUUCAGGGCUGUCGGAGUAUUCAGCCCCCACCUCUGUUCUCUCUAUUUAUUGAGCUGCUUUCUUAUCUAAAUUAUAAUUUAGUCAGUUUAAAAAAAAAGUUUCUAAAAAUAAGGAAACCAGAGAGAGCAAAUCAGGCCUCUUCUCCCCUUCCUGACAACUGCCCAAGCUUUGUAGCUUGAUAGAGCUCAGGAGGUGGCCAAGGGGGAGGCGGCAGCUCGGGGGUCCGCUCCUGCUGCAGACAAGCACAAAGUGGUGAGAUCUCUGACGAGUCUGGUGAGGGGCUUCACGCUCUUAGCGAAAGCGACGGCGUCCGAUACGUUACGUGAGAUAAAGUCACAAAUGGCCCUCACCCCACCAUGGACACGUGCGGAAUUGUUCUGGAUCCAGCUCCAGCAGGGUCAGCAUUUAGUGUGGGAUACGGGAAGCGAGCCGGGGCGACCCGAUGGCUUGGGGCUGCUUUGUGCCGAUUGGUCUCCCCCAUGCCCAUCCCCAGUCUCGGUUGUUGCUGUUGCUGUUGUUGUUAUUCUAUCGCUUUGCUCCAAGAGCACGAUCAUCACUCUUCAGCCUCCAUUGUCAUCAGUCAGUCGUUCUCUCCACGUACUUGACCCUGCAGACCUGCUUCUGUUGUGGAAUCAAAAUCCCCUAGACCCUUUGUGCUGUGCCAGCGCCAGGAAGGCGUGUGCAAAGCACUAUUCGGACGAUGGCCUGGCCAGCCCUGCCCGGUCCCCUCUCCUCAUGCCUUUGGAGGCCUGUAAAUUAUUCUGACUUUGAGGAGGACUUUGAGAGAGGACCAGCUCUGCAAAACGUGGCAAGGAUCUGGCCACUUAGGGAGUUUGGAAAUCCAGUCAUAUUCCCUUGUUCUUGGUGGGAAAUUAUCAUCGAUAAAACAGUUCAUUAAUACGUCAACUUUAAAUUGGACUCUGUUGGGGAGAUAUAGAUGAAGGAGGAGUUUGGGGUUUUUUCCCUCCUUGAUGGCCUUUAAUUAAGGUAAAAAAAACUUCAUGGUUAUGAAGAUCAUCAAGGUCAUUUUUUAAAAAAUCUCAUAUUGAAGGUUCUCUUUAUUUAAAGUCACUUUAAUCUUAAUAAAACCAAGCCCAUCAGCUGCCAGAUCAGACGGGGAAAACCGCAGUUCUAAAUGAACCCAAGAAAUAUUCCCAUCUUAAUGCCAGAGGCAGGGCUGGCCUCCCAAGUCGGAUGUCGGCUGGACUGUGUUCUAAGACUGCACCGCACACACACACUCAUACACUCACACACGCACACACACACACACGUUCAUACACACACACGCACAUGUGCACAUGCGCUUUCCAGAGGGUUUCCCCAAUCUCAGCGUUAAGGGUUUCUUUCUCCUCUGCAUUUUGGUAUCGUUUUCUCCAGGCAGUGAAUGUUUUUGCCCAUCUGCUUUAAGGGAGUGUCAGAUACUGGAUCUCUUCAGGUCAUUCUGUGGCUGUCUUUAUACAGUGUCAAGCCUGGCCUCUUUAUCUGUGAAGUGGACAGACAGACGGAAGUACGCCCGUACCCGGCUGUUGGGAAAUGUCCGCCACCGUUUGAAAGCUGAGCCUUUGUUCGAGGUUUCUAAAAGUGUGUGUUGGUUGUUAUUUAAACUCCAUGUGUUGCCUUGUUUCGGAGCCUUUGUGGACAAGCGGCUUGUUCACACACAAGGAUUCUGAGUUCACUGUUUGUGGCUACUUUUUAUGACUUUUUUGCCUUUUAGAAAAUUGGCUAAAUAAAGUAAAUAUAUUUU